AUGCCGUUACCAAAACAAGUCCUCGUUGUCAGCAUCGGCAACCCAGGGGCACUCCAGCAAACUUACCACUCCGCCGGGCACAUAGUGGUCAACCGCAUCCAGCAUCUCCUGGGCCACUCCCAGCCCAGAUUCGAUUUCCAGCGCCUUGGCCACGCACGCACGUGCGCUUCCCUAGGUUCCCGCUACCUCCUAAUGCAGAGCCCUGUGGCCAUGAAUAUAUCUGGAGAAUGGGCGGCCAAGGCCUACAAGGAGCAGUUGCAGCAGCGGGGCCUGCAGCCGAGGGAUCUCGGGUUUGUGGUAGUGCACGACGAUUUGGAGGAGGCGCUGGGCGUGGUCAGGGUCCGGCCGUGGGAUAAGAGUGCGCGCGGGCAUAACGGGUUGAAGAGCUUGCAGCAGAAGAUGAUGAAGCCGGUGAAUGCGCCGUGGGCGAGGGUGUCGAUUGGAAUUGGGAGGCCGGAGUCGAGGACGGACCUGCAAGUCAGGAGAAUGGGUGUGGUGGAUUUCGUGCUGAGCAAGGUGCCGCCAGACGAGAAGCGAAUGUUGGAGGGGGGUGUCAGUGAGGCGGCUUUGGACCACAUUCGCGCUCUUGACCAGCGGUGGACUAUCACCCCGUGA